GAAGAAGCCUCAGUAGCCAUUAUGUAGAAUGUAGAACUCUUCGGUCUGAAAACAGAUUGUUCUCCCCUAGAAACAGAGACCCUGCACCGGGGAGACCAGCACCGCGAACUGGACGUGUAUAAACCCCACCGGAGGAAGUGUGUGUGUUGUGUUUAAAGACGAUGAGGCAGCCACACACACACCGGAUGUGUCCUCUGAGGAAAGAGAUAAAAUGAAAGGUAAAGGAGCCGAGUUGUGCUCCAUGGAGGCAGGAAACAGUGAGGGUAUUCUGUGUGAUCCUAACGACUGUGUGGACAAGAAAACGGACCAUGUUUUCAACCUGCUCUCCCUGAACGACACCGUGAACAACCAGCACCAUCACACCGUGGAAGACGUGGUUCUCACAAACAAAUAUGGCGAUAAGAUCUGCGGUCAGAUCUGCACGGAAAACAACGAGAGUAAACUGGUCAGGGGGGUGACGUCACAUGCAUUGAUUUCAGGCACUUCUUCUUCGUCAUCUUCUUCAUCGUCUUCUUCUUGUGAAGCCAUGGACACCUCGGGGUUUAUUUCAGGGCUGCAGCAGGAGGGUGUAAACACGGCCUCUUCCACUGGUCCUGGAUCUGCUGCUGCUGGGGAAACCUUCUCCGGAACCAUCACCAUUAACAACCAAAGCAUCAUAGUGACUAUAGAGAACGGGAUUCUCACUCUGGCUGCCCCCCCGGAGGGAUAUGUGCACAAGGAGGACGACAUGGUGAGUUUAAAGGAGCACCUGGGCAUGAAGGACCAUGAGGAUAUUGUGCUGCUGAACUACGACAGUGGCACGAAGUCCAUUGGGAAAAUCAGCACCUUAGCAGUGACCAAUCAGCAGGAAGAACCCAGAGCUGGUUUGUCUGUCAGUGAGUCAGAUCUGGCUCUGGUGGAUGAUUGCUCUCUAUCAGAUCAUGGCACUUCUUUGGGUGCUAUUGUGAAGCAGGAGGCAGGGGGUGUGUGUGCUGUCACUGAGGCAGAUCUGGUCAACCCGUGCCCUAAAAACUCACUCACAGAUUGUGAUAAUGCUGAUUUCCAGUCGUUACCCCUCAUAAGGUCCAAAAAAGACACGUUGGUGCCCAUUGGGUGUCCAGAACCGGGCUGCGCUUUCACGUUUGAUUCACGUCAGAAACUGAAAGUGCAUCUUCUGAACCACGCUGAGGACCCGAGGCCGUAUCAGUGCACGGUGCAGGGCUGUGGGUGGGCUUUUGGCACUUCUUACAAACUAAAAAGGCACCUUCAGUCCCAUGACAAGCAGAGGCCACACACCUGUCAGUUUGAAGGCUGCGGGCGGCGCUUCACCACCGUCUACAACCUGAAGGCUCACGUUAAGGUUCACGAACAGGACAACGCCUUCACCUGUGAGAUCUGCAGCGAGAGGUUUCGCAGCGCCACACGACUCACAAUCCAUCAGAGGGUCCACUUCGAGCCCCAGAGACCCCACAAGUGUGAAUUCCCAGGCUGUGAGAAAACCUUCAUCACCUUCAGCGCUCUGUUCUCUCACAACCGCACUCACUUCAGAGAGACGGGACACUUCACCUGCUCCUUCCCCGGCUGCGACAAGACGUACGACAAGGCCUGCCGCCUCAAGAUCCACAUGAGGAGUCACACGGGUGAGAGACCGUUUGUAUGUGACUCUGGCGGCUGUGGCUGGUCCUUCACCAGCAUGUCCAAACUGCUCCGACAUAAACGGAAACACGACGAUGACCGGCGCUUCGUCUGCACGGAGGAGGGAUGUGGGAAGUCCUUCACCCGGGCGGAGCACCUGAAGGGGCACAGCAUCACUCACCUGGGCACCAAACCCUUCCAGUGCCACGCUGAAGGCUGUAAUGCUAAGUUCUCGGCUCGCAGCAGCCUCUACAUCCACUCUAAGAAACACAAGCAGGAGGGCGGCAGCAGCGCUCUGAGGAGCCGCUGCCCUCUGCCAGACUGCAGCAAACACUUCAGCUCCAGGAGCUCCAUGAGGAGUCACAUGAUCAAACACCACCACCUGAGCCCAGAUAUCCUGAGUCAGAUGGAGACCACGCCCUCUCUGACCCCCAGCAGCGAGCUCAUCAGCUCCGCCCCAGCAACGGUUGCCGGGCCCUGUGUUUCGGGAGGCGAUCAGCUGACCAACCUGGACCUCAGCUCCUUGUUCUCAGCUGUCCCCGGAGGCCCCGCCCCCCCCACGGCUCUCGGAGUGAGCUCAGUCUCUAACAGCACUUUCACCAUGGACCUGUCUCUCGUCAGCGCUGGGAUUCUCACCAUAGACUCCGUCUCCUCUUCCUCCGUCAUCCCCAAAACCGUGGACCCUCUUAGCCUGGCAUCCGGCCCCGAUUUGGCCCCGCACCACGGUUUGGAGGGCGAUGUCUUGCCCCCUCAGGUGACUCUAAACCUGGAUGAUGUUCAGACGGUUUCCCCCGAGGCUUUAGGGAACCUCGCCUCUCUCACAAACUCUCUGGAAGUCGUCCCCGUCUCAGAGCUGCUAUCCUCCCCCUCCAAGGUGGUGGAUUUGGGGGUCCAGGUGGUGGAUGUUGGGGGUCAGGUGGUGGAUUUGGGGGGCCAGGUGGUGGAUGUUGGGGGCCAGGUGGGCACGGGACCCCUGCUGGGCUGUGUGGAGGUUUUGGGGCCAGAUGAGGGAGGGAAGGUCCUCUCUCAGUUUGUGUUUCCGGGGCACAGCAGCAGCUUCAGCCCCCAGAAAGAGACGGAGCUCAGUGGGGGGUCCCCCAGCGGCUUCCUGGAGAGUGGAGGCUCAGCGAGGACGGACUACAGAGCCAUCCAGCUGGCCAAGAAGAGGAAGCAGAGAGGUCCUGCUGCCUCUUCUGGCGCUUCAGCGCCGAGUCAGAGGAAGAGUAAAGGAGGGAAAGCAGCCUCUGGGCCGUCUGCUGGUCGCUAUGGUGACGGAGCAGCAGCAGCCAAUGGGGGCCUGACGUUGAGAGACCCUGUGACCGGAGCUCAGUACGUCCAGAUCCAACUGCUGCAGGAUGACCCUCCCACUGAUGGAGACCUGGCCUUCCAGCUGAGCUCUCAGCCCUCCAGCUCUCACGCCCAGCUGACUGCAGAUCUGCCCGUCAACAUCUUACAGGAACCUUCAGUGAUGACGGAGGACGACAACAACUCUGAUAACUCUCAGUUCACAGGGAGCACAAUCAACCUCCAGGACUUGGAGUGAGCAGCGCAGAGUUCACACCGAUAAACAUUAUGGGAUGUUUGAGUUGUCCCAGGACUUUGGAAAGCCUUUUAUGGACUGUGGUUUUGGGAGGGGGUGGACACGAGUCCCCUGAAAUGCACCUUGACAACAGGAGAUGAGCUCCGUUGGUUCAGAAGAUGAUCAUAUUUUUAAAGAUGACUUUGUACCAAAAUCCAACCUGGGAGCGUUUUCGUGUCGAGGCUCUCUGUUCCUGUAACGGUGUCUAUUCCAUGGUGGCCACACACACACACACACACAACACACACACAACACAACACACACACACACCA